AUGCAGUCUCGAUCACAUCCACUUGAUCUUAGAGAAUCAUUGAAACAUAACGGUGCUGCAGCCAACAAAUUAGCACGUAGUCAUAUUCCGUGCCGUAGAGCACUUGUUAAAAAUACUAGUGGCUCUGUGGCAGGAAAAAGCAAUUUAUUCAUAACAGGAACGCCGAAUAUUCAUAGAGUUCAAGUUUUGAAUAUAAGUCCAGAUUUUAGUUCAAAAGACCAGAUACCAACUACUUCGGUAGCAUCCACAAGACCUAUACCUAAAUUACAAGAGAUUUAUAGGCAAAACGACGUGAUAACAGAUGAACAGCGACUAUAUGAUUGGUUUAUAGAAUUGGCUACUCCAGUCCUUUCUCAGCACACUAGCCCAGACAGCUUACAAAAUAAUAUUUCUAAUAAUACUAAGCAAAGUGUUACAAAUACUGGUGAGUUAACAAAAAAAGUUAAAAUCUCUACUUAUAAGUAA